UGAGAUUAUUAAUAAUAUUAAAAUGCAUCGUGUCAUUCUUCUGUUCUGAUCCAUUAUUGUGGUCACAGCCAACGUAUGUGAAAAUGAGUUGCUAGCACUAGGGUCACCUCUCGUUGGAAGUUUUGGGAUGCCCGGAGAUAAUGAAGUCUACUUUUUGGAUAUAUUUGAAGACCAACAGAAGGAUUUACUCUAUUUUGUUGGGUAUUUUACGACAGCAAUCCCAUGGACAACAAUUAUCUAUAAAUCAGAUCUUGAUUUGGGAAAAAUUAAAGUCAUGACUUAUGAUAUUUAUAGCAUAUACAGCUCUCUUGCCUUUGACUCAAGUAAAGACUUGAUCUACAUCAUGGAUAUCACGACUGACAAGAUAUUUCAGAUUCGGACUACAGACCUGAUGAUCUCAAAAGAGUUAUCUAUUAGUACUUCCUCAUUCAAUUGGAACUCAAACAUGGAAAUAAACAAGAGCUUAUAUUUUAGUGUUAAAAUAAGCUCAGUUUUGCAUACAUGCAGGUGGGAUACUUUGAGUACUAAUCUCGGCUGAUUUACAUUUGGUGUUGACAGCCCGACUAACUUAGUACCAAUCAGUGAAGACAUUUUGUUCUUUGGGUCUAUUGAUACUUCUGCUGAUCAAUACUAUUUGGUAAAUUACAACUUCUCAGAUCCCUCAAAUCUGGUCUGGAAGAAGAGUAUUGCUUGCCCAACUUCAGGGUGAGAAAGUAAAAUCAGCAGUGCAAUUCUUAGCCAAGAUAAAGAAUGGAUUUACACGAUGAUUUUAUUUGAUAAACACUAUAUCUUCCACAAAAUUUGAGUAAGUGACGGAACUCCUGAAAAUAGUGGAUUUAUUUGGAACAAAAAUGGAUACUAUCUGAGCUAUUCAAUUAAAGAGUAUUCUGAAUUUAUUGCCAUUCAGCUAGAGUUCAUCGAUCCUGUUUCAUAUAAUAGAUUAAUUUUAAUAAACUUAUCAAACACAGAGAUUCUGAAAGAAUACAAAUUUGUGGAUUCAAAAUCUUAUGCUCUUGGAAGACUAUUAUAUCAAGGACAGGAGUUGAUGUAUCAAUCUGGAAGGAUCAACACUAAUUUUACUUUCUUCUUCGCGAGGUCUCCCAUUAGCAACAUUGACCAGCUCCAACAAGUUGAAGAAGAUACUCCUGUGUUUAGUCCAAUUACCUCCGCUUACCAAGUAUCCUCAACAGCAUCAACCCCAAGCAUUUCACCUACUACCAAAAACCUCAUAAUCUCAACUUCAUCGCCAAUCUCUCCCAAUGAAAUCACCUCAACGACCAGUCCUUCGAUCACCACUCAUGUUGCUCUGUGGAAUACGGAUCACGUCCAAUUUGUUCAGAGCAACACCUCUGUCCAAUUGUACUUUGCUUGGGCCUGAUCUAAGGCUGUAAACUACACUACAAUCAAGUUUAGUUUGGCUCAGACAGGGUCGAGUGUCAUACCGGAAUGGGUACAGUUGGAGCCAAAGAAGCGAGAGAUGCAUCUGAGGGAUAUUCCUAAGUUAGAACAGAAAACCACCUUCAACUUCUCCCUACAGAUUGCUUUUGGUAGUGAAGUUUAUUACAAGAAAUUUGAAAUUAUUGUUGAAGAGUGAAUUAUUAAGAACUGUGAUGUCUGAAAACUUGGAAACUCAAGUUUGUGAGAGACUUGAAGCAGUGGGUAUCAAGGUUCUAAUGGAAACCAGACUUGUAUCAAGAUUCCUGCAAUAGCUGGAACAACUGAGGCUACCACUAUCCUCAUUGCGUCGAGUGUUGUAUUUGCAAGUGCUUCGUCUAUUCUUUCACUAUCUUCAGUGAAUUCAAUAUUUAGCAUAAUGAACAGCCUACAAUUGGCAAUACUCCUGCCUAUGAUUCCAGAUUACUUUUCACCUAAAGUCCUAGCAUUCUUAAAUGAAAUGAGGUUUACAGUGCUGUCGUUUGACUUUAUCAAAUUCAAAGAUAUUCCAUUUGUGGAAGCCUUAUCAGACUGGGUUUCAUACCCUCAAUCUAACGAAUACCUAAACAGCCUCGGAAUGAGAUCUGGGAGUUCAGUUAUCAACUAUUUAUCACUAUUGGUUAUUAUUAUGCUUGUUUGAGUCAUCCAUCUAGGAGUGCUCCUGUGAAAUAAGUGAGCAAAGCGUUCUAAGAACAAAAAGUUUCAAAGGUUUUCUAGAAAGCUAUUCAAGUUUUUCACCUUUAAUAUUUAUAUUAGAAUCUUCAUGCAAGCCUUUGUUUUUACAACUCUGUCCAUUUUCGCAGAGCUCUACGGUCUUAAUCUUGCUACAACUGUGACCAAAAUAUCUUUUGGGUUAUGAGUGGUAUUUUGAAUAUGCACAAGUGUAUUGUUUAUUCUUUCUUUCUACAUGUAUUAUAGGUCAUUUCCUCAGAUUAACAAAGCUAAGUAUUGGCCAUGAUUCGAGUAUUUUAAUGGAAUAAAGCCAACCACAUUUUCAAAGCUUUAUUCAUCUUUGUUCAUGCUGACAAGGCUAUUAUUGACUUCAUUUUUAAUCUUUGGGCAGUCUAUCCGUUCAUAUGAAAAAUCCAUAUAUUUCUAUUUGUUGAAUAUUGCGUAUGGAAUUUAUUUAAUUAUUGUCAGACCAUUUGAAAGUUCUCAAGACAAUCUCAUAGAGGGUAUAAAUCAGACUUUAUUCUGCUGCUUGACAGUUCCAUUAUCUUGGCUGAACACAGAGCAGGCCUGGACUCCAUUUUAUGAAAAGUUUUACACUACUAUAUUCGUAGCCUCUUCAGCUAUAGGAAGCAUAAUCUGCUUCGGAUUCCUCAUUAAAUCAAUCAUAGUCUAUAUUUACAAAAGAAAAAUGAAGAAAGCCCAACAAAAAAUAGCCCCAAAGGAGCCCUCCCAACACCAAAGAGUGACAUACAUCCAAGAAUUACAAAACUACAGACACCACCAAUCCCUUAUCCAGCCCUCCUUGAGCAUGAGCAGAAGUAAUGCUCCUAUAUUUCCUCACCAAGCCCCCAAAACCCCCGGCACAGAAUAUUGUACCCUCACAGAACUCCCAUGAGGAGGAAAUUAA